AUGGCGCUGGGCCCCAACUGUGCCAGGCAAAGUGGAAGCAUUAUAUUCUGGGACUGUUUCUGGAGUGCAAGAGUUUGCAAGGUGCAGUUGUAUGAUCAGAUUAAGACCUGUGAAGAAGAUUCUGCAGAGAAUGUAGACGAAAGGUUGUCAUUUCUCACUGAGGUGUUGGCAAACUUGAGCAGCGUCUUGUGUGGCCCCUACGACGACGACGAUGAUGAUGGCGGUGGUGGUGUUGUUGAUGGCAAAAACGACAAUGAUGAUGUUGGUUGUGAGGAUUGUGAUGUUGGUCGUUGUAAUGAUGAUGGCAGUGAUUAUGAUGGUGAUGAUGAUGUUGGUUGUGAGGAUUGUGAUGUUGGUCGUUGUAAUGAUGAUGGCAGUGAUUAUGAUGGUGAUGAUGAUGGUGGUUGCGGGAAUGGUGAUGUUGGUAGCUAUCAUGAUGAUGGCAGUGAGAAUGAUGGUGAUGAUGAUAAUGAUGAUGAUGAUGAUUGUGGUUGCGGGAAUGGUGAUGGUGGUUGCUAUCAUGAUGAUGGCAGUGAGAAUGAUGGUGAUGAUGAUUGUGGUUGCGGGAAUGGUGAUGGUGGUUGCUAUCAUGAUGAUGGCGGUGAGAAUGAUGAUGAUGAUGAUGAUGGUUGCGGGAAUGAUGAAGGUGGUGAUGUUAGCGAAGAUGACGACGAUGAUGAUGUUGGUGGUGGGGAUGGGGACAACGACGAUAAUGAUGAUGAUGGUGGUGGUGGUGGUGAGGUGUAA